AUGACGGCCAACAAUAACAUCAAAGCCCCAGUGGCCUCGUCCACGCACACCACCACGGAGAAAGAAGAUGGGUCUGUCGCGGCGACAGAAGCCGCUUUCGAGAUUCCUGGCUACUCGCCAAAUGAGACAUGGACGGACACCGAAGAGCGCGCGGCCAAACGGCGCGUCGACACGCUGAUCAUGCCCUUCAUCGUGCUCUUCUUUGUCUUCCUCCAGUUCGACCGCACCAAUGUCUCCAACGCGCUGACCGACACGCUCCGCAAGGAUGCGCACGUCGACAACUACCACAUCAAUCUCGCGCAGACGCUCUUCAUCGUCGGCUUCAUCCUCACGGAAAUCCCGUUUAACAUGAUCUCCAAGGCUGUCGGCCCGGAGCGUUUUCUGCCCGUGACGAUGUGCUUGUGGGGGAUUGUGACGUGGUGCCAGGUCUUCGUUCAUAACCCGUCUGGCUUGUACGCGUGCCGCUUCUUUCUCGGAGCGCUCGAGGGCGGGUACAUUCCCGGCAUGGCGUUGUACAUCUCCAAGUUCUACACCAAUCAAGAACUGGGGCUUAGAUACGCCAUUUUCUGGGCAUCGAAUUCUGUCGCUGGCGCGUUGUCGGGACCGAUGGCGGUUGGGUUAUUGUCUUUGGGGGGUAGACAUGGGCUUGCCGGGUGGCGGUGGUUGUUUCUCGUGGAGGGCAUCCUUACCUGCUUCCUGGGCGUGGUGGCCUAUCUCUACCUACCGCAUAACGCUGCGUCGCCCAAGGUCUUUUUCGGCUUCCCGGUGAAGCUCUUCAGCCACCGCCAAGGCACCAUAAUCGUCACGCGUGUCCUCCGCAACGACCCGAGCAAGGCUCUCCGCUACGGAAAGCCUGUCCUCCCGUCUCACAUCAUCAACACCUUUACUGACUGGAAGCUCUACGGGCAUAUCCUUUCCGCGUUCUUGACCAUGGUCAUGAUUCAACCGGUGAACACAUACGCGCCAUCGAUGAUCAAGUCCCUUGGGUUCACGGGCCUGCAAGCCAACGGCAUGAACUCAGUCGGGAGCGUGGGUGCGCUUAUCCUAUCCAUCCUUCUCGCCUACAGCAGCGACCGUUUCCAGGAGCGCGGUGUGCAUAUCACGGUUGGUUUUCUCUGGGGCGCUGCAGGGCUGCUGUGGCUUGCCCUUGCACCUGAUGGCUCUUCAAAAUGGGUGCUUUACGGCGGCGUCGUGAUGACCCAGAUGGGUAUGGGCAGCGCCCAGGCUAUCAACGCUGCAUGGCUAGCGUCCAAGAUGGAGGACUACAAGCGGCCUAUUGCGCUGGCGGCAUAUGUUAUCUCCAUUCAGCUGGCUGGGUUUCCUGGAAACCAGCUAUUCCGCGAUGAAGAUGCACCUCGCUACACACGCGGUCUGCUCAUCGCUGCAGGUUGUACCAUUGCUGGAGCUGUGGUAAUUCUGGCUUGGAAGGUGCUUUACCGUCUGUUUAGUAACGGAGACCGUGGGGUUGAAGUCCGAGUGAUUGAUGGAACGCCCAAAGACGGGACGCUCAAGGAUGAAGAGAAGUGCUGA